CUCUAGUGUUCUUCAAUUCGUGACCCAAAACGUGCACGCCCCUGGCAAAAGUGGCCUCAAUAGUAACUGGCUCGGGAACAAAGUAGGAACCGUGAAAGCCUUCUACCCGUAUAAUUGCCAGCUCGACCUCAACUCCAUUACAGCUUCCCUUGCUUUUCUGGCAAAUUCUCUCCGGAAAUUUUGAUCAUAAUAAUUCUAGCCACUACUCUUAUGCAAAGAUUACAAAAACCAAAAAAAAAAAAAAAAUUAAACAAACCCGCUAAUCAUCUUCGUCUUUUAGUGAAAUUUGUUUUGGAUCGGAGUGCCGGCAGGUGGUUUCCAUCGGAUGCUGUGUUUGGUCUGAUUUGAGUUCACUCGGAGUCGGAAAAUGAAUUGUAAUCAAUGCCGUGAUUGAAUUCCGACGAACUUAUUAUUAUUAUUUUUUUAUUUAAGCUCUGAUUCCACAAUCAUGUGGCUUUCCUUUUGGAGAUCCAGAGAUCGAUUCUCCUUGGAUGAACUCAGAUAUUUAACUGAUCAGCUCCAGAAAGUUCAAAUUGUAAAUGAGGUUAAUAAGGAUUUUGUGAUUGAGGCACUGAGGUCAAUAGCAGAGUUGAUAACUUAUGGUGAUCAGCAUGAUUCAAACUAUUUUGAAUAUUUUAUGGAGAAGCAAGUCAUGGGGGAGUUUGUACGAAUUUUAAAGAUCAGCAGAUCAGUGACUGUUUCUCUUCAAUUGCUACAGACAAUCAGCAUUAUGAUUCAGAAUCUUAAAAGUGAACAUGCCAUAUACUACAUGUUCAGUAACGAACACAUUAACUUCUUAAUUACUUAUGCAUUUGAUUUUCACAAUGAAGAGCUAUUGUCUUACUACAUUUCAUUCUUAAGGGCAAUAAGUGGAAAGCUGAACCGGAACACUAUUUCUCUGCUUGUAAAGACUCAUAAUGAAGUAGUAGUCUCUUUUCCACUGUAUGUUGAGGCAACACGGUUUGCUUUUCAUGAAGAAAAUAUGAUUCGCACUGCCGUACGUGCUUUGACGUUAAAUGUUUAUCAUGUUGGAGAUGAAUCUGUGAAUAGAUUUGUUGCCAAGUCUCCUCAUGCUGAUUAUUUUUCAAAUCUGGUUACAUUUUUUCUGAAGCAGUGCAUUGAUCUGAAUGCAUUGGUCUCUAAAGUUCUAAAAAACUCUGACCCAGAUGGAACCACCAUGAUCCUUGUUGCUGUGGAUGAAAUUGAGGACAACCUCUACUAUUUUAGUGAUGUUAUUUCUGCUGGGAUUCCUGAUGUUGGAAGGUUAAUAACGGACAAGAUGUUGCAAUUUUUGAUAAUUCCAUUUCUUCUUCCAUCUUUACGGCUGGAUGUUGUAAAUGAACAGAUUGGUGCUAUCACUUCUCUCUAUCUACUUUGUUGCAUCUUACGAAUCGUUAAGAUAAAAGAUUUGGCAAAUACCAUUGCUGCUGCCCUCUUCUGUCCCGCAGAGGUCUUCAUUCCAAAAUCUGAAGCUAAGCUUAAUGGUCAUGUGUCUGGUCAUAGUUAUAUGAAUGAAAUCCAACAGUCGGAAGGAGAGAAUGUCACUGAGGUUGAUGCUUGUCCAAAAGCGUCUUUGCCAGCCUUGGCUGGUUCAUCGCAAGUUCAUCCUGAAGAUGCCACACAAAAUGACUUUGUUAGCUCACAUGGGCCUUUGAGGGAUGUCUUACUUUCGUACAUUACAAAUGGCAAUGAUCUACAAGUUCUGGGUUCCUUGAGUGUGCUGGCUACACUAUUGCAAACAAAAGAGUUAGACGAAACCAUGCUAGAUGCGCUUGGUAUUCUGCCUCAACGCAAGCAGCAUAAGAAACUGUUGCUGCAAGCAUUGGUUGGUGAGGGCUCAGGUGAAGAUCAACUUUUUGCUUCGGAAUUUGGUUCUAUUAGAGAUAGUUUUAGCAGUGAUCUUGAUGUCUAUCUACAAAAGUUGAAGGAGCAGUUUGGAGUAGUUUGCUAUUUCCCAGAGGUGGGAACAAGCCCUCGUGUACAUAGAUUUCAGGUUCUUGAUGCAUUGGUCAGUCUCUUUUGCCGGUCAGAUAUAUCUGCAGAGACAUUGUGGGAUGGUGGUUGGCUUUUGCGUCAGCUACUUCCUUAUAGUGAGGCAGAGUUCAAUAACCACCAUCUGAAACUGCUAAAGGAUUCAUACAAGAAUUGCACUGGUGCUCUUUUAGAGGAGACCAGAGGUUCCUGGCGUGAUCUACUGGAGACAGUCCUAUGUGAUGAAUGGAAAAAAUGCAAAAGAGCUGUUGAAGCUUCAUCUCCCCGGAAAGAGCCAAAAUGCAUACUAAUGCCAUUACAGAAGUCUUCUUAUGAUGAUUCUAUUCCUAGUGAAUCAUCAAUAUUUGCUGGUGAAAGAAUGUGCGAGUUAGUGAAGGUGUGCGUGCUUCUUCUUCAACUUCAAAUUUUCUCACUUGGUAGGCCUUUGCCUGAGCAGCCACCUAUAUAUCUUCCAACUGAUCUCGCUGAAAAUUCCCGUGCAAGAACUGCUGGCCUGGAUGUUUUGGGCCCAAAACCUGGUGUUGAAUUGAGACUUGUUGAUGCCGUGCCUUGUAGGAUUGCAUUUGAGAGGGGUAAAGAACGCCAUUUUUGCUUUCUAGCAAUCUCUAUGGGCACAUCUGGGUGGAUCCUACUAAUUGAAGAACUACCUCUGAAGCAGCAUCAUGGAGUUGUCCGUAUUAUCGCUCCUUUGGCUGGUUGCAAGCCUAGAAUUGAUGACAAGCAUUCUAGAUGGUUACACUUGUGCAUCCGUCCAUCCUCGUUACCCUUUGUUGAUCCUGCCAAAUCAGUUACCUUUAGAAAGAUGAACACAAAAGCUUUGGUUGAUGGGAGAUGGACCUUAGCAUUCAGGAAUGAGGAAUCUUGCAAGAUAGCUUUGUCUAUGAUUCUCGAAGAAAUUAGUCAACAAAGCAGUGAGGUUGAGAGAAGACUAAGACCUUUACUUGAAUUUCAGGGAGAUUUGGAUACUUCAAUUCAAUCUCCACAUCAUUCUGAGGCUUUGUCUGCUAGUGCAACACCUUCCAAUUCAUUGUAAGUUUGUAAUUGGCUUGAGUUUUGCAAUAAUUGUUUUUGCUAUGUGCUUUGGGUGGGAAUAUUUUGUCUGCUCGCCCUUCUGUAUAUGUUUUCAAGGCAUUAUUAGGUAUAUCCAAAUGUAGAUUAGCACCCCAACUUAGUGCCAUUCUUUGCACUGUAGCUACUUUGCCUGUGCUUUGUUAGUUUAGUGGGGAUUUCCUUUCAUUCUUUAGUUCUAACCCUAGGCUUUGGUUUUGAUUUUCAUAAUUUUGUAAUUUCAAAUCUGUGUAACAUAAAUGUAUAUUUGAGCCAAGUUCAUAGUAAAAGCUUUUGUACCCCGCUUCACAAAA